AUAAUAAAUAAUACAUUAAUACCAAUGCUGAUCAUACAAUAGAGCAAUAAUAGUCAAAAGGCUCUCUCUACUCUUUGUAUGGUAACUAUGGUAUGUGUAUUAUUGUGUUAUUUUGUUGUACUCGAACUCGAAUAAAUAGGAACUAACAAAAUGACGUCAUUUGCCAGGGCCUCGGCUAGCUAGCCGGAUCGGGAUCAGAGGGCGAGCCCUAAUCUUGCUAAUCGGGGAAAUUCUUUUUUUUCUUUUUCUUUUUCUUUUUCUUUUUCUUUUUACUUUUUUUUUUUGUAUAGGCCAGACGCUGCAGCAGUUAGAUAUCUAUAUCCAGUUACCUCACUUACUUCGACUUCGAGGGUUCGAGAGUAUUGGCUAAUGUAUAUAUACACUCCAAUCAUCCAUCCAUCUCGUCCUCUGUGUUGUGAUCUUAGUCUGCGUGUUUUAUCCUGUUGACUUUUUUUGCCUGCCAGACUAUUUUUACGUCAUUUCCCACCCACCAAGCAAGAGCCCUAACAAUAUACAACAAUCAUCUUCUUCUCCUCCUCCUCCACCCCCACCAACCAACCAACCAACCACUCUCCACACAUUUCCGUCACCACCCCGCUCAGACUCCCAAACGAUCCCGCGGUAUAAGACUUCUUCUUCUACCCUAGUAAUGGUAAUGCUUGACCUUAUGGACUAUUCGUCUCUACACACCUUCCGCUGCAUCUUGUGCAUGUACCACUGCAAGACCACCAGGCCUCUGGGCUAGCACCUGCCGGACUCCCCAAGAAAUACGAACUGAACCCUCUACUACUGUGCGCACCAGCGCAUCCUUCUCUAUCCUACCUAUCAAUAGGCUUCGCCACCUCUAGUUAUAUAUAUAUACAUAUAUAUAUAUAUAUCAUCAACCGCGAGCUUCUUCCAAGCACGAUACAUCCUUACUCCUACACUUUUCGCUCCCAAAAAAACACACUUUAUUGAGAAGACGAAGAGGAACAGAGGUCCAACAGCCUACCUCUCUCGUAUCCCCCAUCCCCCACAAAACAAGGGAACCAAAACCCAACAGAAUUCGAUAUACAUUCUAGCCAACAUGCGGGAUCUCCGUCGUCAGGCUCUUGAGAGCAAAAAGACCGUCUCGCGCAAAGCACAGAGCCGUGAAGCCUCUCGGGCUACUUCGCGCGCAAGCUCCGCUCAAAACUCGCGCCCUUCCUCCCGUAACGCGAGCAGGCAUCCUUCAGAUGACGAGGAUGCUGAGAGUGAAGGAACGUCCUACAGCUCCCCAUCGCUCGAUGAAUACUUCCCCUCUGCAAAUGAUGAAGAAGCAGCCGCUUCCGAAACCUGGCAACAAGAUUUAGAAGAAGUGAUAAAAGACUACAACGACCGCAAACGCAGCAGCAACCUGAGUCGCGAGGACGCACUGACUGCUUACGUCCGCAUCCUGACAUCCCACUACGUCGACGAAUCCCUACCUGAAUUCAACGAACUCCUCGCCUCCUUCGCCAAGAGCAUCAAAUCCGAGUCCAGCGAGAAAGAAACAGUCCUAGCCCUGAAAGCAGUAAGCCUCACGGCACUGACCUUCCUCGAUGGAACCAUCUACGACCAGUUUUCCUCUCUGCUUCGCCGCACCAUCACAGACUCCCCCAACAUGCCCAUCAAAGCAGCCGCCAUCCACUGCCUGGGCGCCUGCACCUUCUUCGGCGACGCGGGCGAGGACGAGAUCCUCGACCAGAUGAACUUUUUGCUCGAGAUCGUUUCGUCCGAUGGCCAUUAUGUUAAUGCGCCCGACGAUGCGAGUGUUGUCACCGCCGCGCUAGAGGAGUGGGGAUUCCUCGCGACGGAGGUCGAGGAUCUCGAACAUGAGAGCGAAGACGCCAUCGAGGCGUUUGCAGAGCAGCUGGAGAGCACCGAGGCGGCGGUGCAGAUUGCCGCAGGCGAGAACAUCGCGCUGCUCUAUGAGAAGAGUUACACGCCACUGGAGGAAGGGGAGUCGAUGCCGGACGUGGAGGACGAAGGGGAGAAUGAGUCCUCCGCGGACGAAGACGGGUCUUCGUUCCUAUCCGACGACGAGGAUGGACCCGCAGGCGAUCACGGCCCGCCGCUCAUCAAACGCUACAACGCAUACCACAACACCCCGCGCAUCCUCCACCAAGUCGACGCCCUCGCCAACGUCUCCGGCCGCCACAUCAACAAGAAGUCCAAACGCUCGCUCCACGCCAACUUCUCCUCCAUCCACACCACCAUCGCCAACCCGCGGCGCGGCCCGCAGUACAGCAAGGCCAUCGACAGCGAGACGUCUCGCCAGUAUGGCACGCGGAAGACGGUGAAGAUCCACCAGGAUGCGUUUAUGAAGCUGGAUCGAUGGUGGAAGUGGUUACGCCUGGCGGCAUUGCGGCGGUUGUUGAGGUGGGGGUUUGUGACGCAUUAUUUUGAGGGGAGUAGAGGGGUGUUGGAUUGUUUGCCGGUUAUGGUGAGGCCGGUGGUGAAGAGGAAGGCGAAGGGGAUGGGGUUGGGGAUUGGUGGUGGUGGUGGGAGUAGUAGCAGUGGUGGCGGCGGCGGUGGUGGUGGGAAGAAGGGCGGGAGGAGGAAAGGGUUUGAGAUGGUUUGAGGAAGUUUGUUUCUUUUUCCCUUCAUUUUUUUCAUUUUUUUUUUUUUUUUUGGGUCCCUUUUUUCGCUUUCUGGUGUCUAUUCGGGUUCCGGUUCCUGUUCUAAGUUAUUGUCUAUCACCUCUCCUGCCUUACUUACCUUAACCCCCCCUCACUCUGUCCUGAUUGCAUGGUCUUAUUUCAUAUUCGUUACACUUUUCUGAUCAAAAGAGUUUUAACCGAUUCUUCCUUCGUCUUGGAUUUUUUUUGGCUUCCAUAUAUAUAUAACUAACUCCCUUGUUUUCCCCUCCCCCCAAAAUUUCCCUGUUUACAUCCUGUGAGAAACACCAGAUGUCAUGAUGAUGUGUUGAUGUUAUUAACUCCCCUUUUCGUUACCCAUUCCUUGUCUUUGUCUUCCCCAUCAUCACAGACAAAACUAUAUAUUUCUCUGUCAUUUCUUCUUACAUAUUUUGUUUUCAAUCAUCAUUCAUUGGCGGGAUACAUACAUACAUACAUACAUUACAUUACAUUACAUAUAUAUAUUUACAUAUCUGCACCAUUUUUGUCAAAAAAACUACACUUAGAAAGGGAUGGAUGGAUGGAUGGAUGGAUGGAUGGGUUAUAUAUGUUUUGCAUUUUAUAUACUAACUGUAUGGUUACUCUACAAAUGUCUGGCUCAUGUUAUCUAUUCUCACUCACAUGUUCAUAAGAAAGAAGAAAAAGAAUGCAAGUCAUUUGUUUGUUUGUCUGUUUGUUUAUUUCCCCUUACAUAUAAUUAAUUUUUUCUUGUGACUUACAAACAACAGAGAUGUGGUUUUGGGAUAUCCUGUGCUUUUAUAAUCUAGAAUCAUGAUAAAAAAAA